GCAUUCAAAUCGUGACAAUGACCGAAUCGGCUCCAUUUAUUGACGAGUACGACGAGGCUGCUCCAAUGCGUCGCUGCUACUGCCGGCAAAUAAACACACAAGAGUACGAACGGCAAGGAAGCAGCACGACAGAAAAAGCGUUGCAUGAUCUGUUGGUCAAACUUGAUGAGAAACCAGAGAUAUUUUAUAAUAUAUUGAAGAAAAAGAAGCAGGACGAGGCGCAUGAUGGAGGGUUAAUUUCUUUUCUGAAAUUGCAAUUUCUGACUUGGUGGAAGGGAAAGGAAGCGUUUGAUGUUGGAAAUGAAGUUUGUGAAAAGACGCUGUUGAAGACGAAGGAGGAUAUUCUCAGUGUAUUUGUAUAUGCACAAAAUGAAAAAGGUACACAUGGCAGGAGAUGCUCACAGAGACUUGUUGAGAAAAGGAGGAAAGCCAUCAAUAAGUCAGAACAUCGUGACCCAUCACCUACAAUUUGUAGUCCCUUAGUAACAAGAGCUCAACACUGCCUACCUCCACCUCCACCCCCUCCACCACUAACGUCGUCAUCACCAUCUCCAAAAUGCAGAAGUCCAACAAAGGCGGCAAGAACUCCACUGAGUCCAAGAAAUUCUUCUGAUUUUUCUUUGACUAGAAGGCCGUUAAGAAGAACAGUCAACAAGGGGAAACAACAGAAAAUGCUUGCCACUUGUGACCUACUUAAUGAACUCAAAGGAUCAGAGUGUAGAAAGCGCCUUCGUAAGAUUGAAACCAUGCGAUCACCCGGUGGAACUCCAAUAAAGAAGAAACCAACGGUCACUGACGAGAAUGUUUCUAUUUUCAAUCAAAAAUUGAUCCAAAAAUUUAAAAGCCUCCACUCGCCAAGUCCAGGUGCCACAUCAGAAACAGAUACGGAGUUCAACAGUCCAGCCUGAACAACAAGUCUUGCAACAAGAAAAUUAUUACUUCAUACUUGUCAUAUAACCAUACUAUAGAGACAAUGUUCAGACUGUCUGUGCUUCACUGUGUUUUUUAAGAAAUUCCCAUGUUAAUUCUCUAGUAAAUUUUUCCAUUGUGACUGAGUUCUUUCCAAACAGCUCUUUUUCAAAGUCCAUCAGCUGUUGCCAAAAGUUGGGCUUUGGUUGAGCAAACGGCCGUCUUGAUUUUACAUGUCUGUACGCAUCUAAUAAUGUCAUUUCCUUGUG